AUGACUCUGGUUGAAAUUGAAGUUGCAGUUUUUCUGCACCUCCAUUCCUUCUACGUUUUUCUCGAAACCUUAAUCCCUCCCUGUUGCCUACAUUUCCCCCCAAACCACUAUCUUCAUUUUCCUACUCCCUUCAUUUUCUCCCAAACCAUAAUCUUCAUUUCGUUGUACUACAAACACCAUCUCAAUCUCUCCUUUCUCCGCCACCGCUGUUGGAAGCUUAAUUCCACUCUUCGCUGCUCUUCCUCCUCCGAGAAGCACCACACGAACUCCCCUAACUCCGAUGACGUCAUCGAGCUUCCUCUCUUCCCUCUCCCUCUGGUGCUCUUCCCCAGCGCCAUCCUCCUCUUGCAGAUCUUCGAGUUCCGCUACCGCAUCAUGAUGCACACACUCCUUCAAACAGACCUCUGCUUCCGCGUCAUCUACACAAAUGUCGUCUCUAGAACCGCUGCCGUUGGCUGCGUCGACGAAGUCAUAAAGCAUGAGAGCCUCGUGGAUGAACGCUUUUUCCUCAUCUAUAAGGGUCAGGAACGGUUUCGAGUGAACAAUGUGGUGCGCACGAAACCCUACCUGGUCACGCAGGUGACGUGGCUCGAGGACCGACCAUCUCCCUCCACCGAUCUCGAUCUGAACAGGCUAGCCACCGAGGUGCAGACCUACAUGAAGGACGUUAUCCGGUUAUCCAACUAUUAUUUUCAAUCAUACUUUCUUGGCUAUUUGUUCUUGUAUUCUAACUACUUGUUUAUGUGCUCAUGGAUAUCACUUAUUUAUGUUUGGACAAUUGAUGAUAGAGAAAAGAAGUUGCAUUAUCACCAUUUCAUUGUUAUUUCAGCAUUUCUGCUUUGCGCAGCUUGGCUUGAUUCUCUCCUUCAAGGAGGAGAGAGAGAGAGGUAA